AUGCUUGAUGUCUAUUCAUUUCUCUGGAAAGGAAAGCUUGAUCAGCAUAUACACCAUAAGAAGUUGCCGGUGUUAAAAAACAGAGCCGGAAAGUUUUACAAAUUCCCCCGCUACAAUGAAGACGGGGAACGCGGGAGUCCGGUGAUGAAGAAGGGAAGGCAGGGCGAAUGGAAUCUUGUCGGUCUUGGUGCUCAAAAUAUUUCUGAAAGUGAGACUGGCGUGUUGCGGAUGUCUUGGGUGGCAGACGAGCUUUGUCGUGAAGUUGGCGUAUGUUCGGACUCCAAACCUCCGCCACCCCCGCCUAAGCCAACGGCGCCACCGAGGGUUGAAACCACCACAAUGCCAGCAGCGACCAAGAAGGCUGAGCCAAAGAAGACAAAAAAACCAGAGCCACCACCUGUCAAUCAAGUGCCCAUCACAGUCAAACCCAUCACCCCUGCUACGAAGCCAAAGCCUACUGUAGCCGCUGGAAAACUGACGAAGGCGGAGAAUCUGCGCCGAUUGCUGACUUGUGGAAAAACACCGAUCGAUACCCCAUCCGACAAUAGCACCUCUGUGGAGAUCAAAAAGUGGCCUGACUGGGCGUGGGGGGCUAGAACGAAUGGUCAAAACGGUGCUGGAACCGCCUUGACCACUAGGAUAUCUCCCAGACACGUUUUGACGUCUUCUCAAGUGGUUAUGCAUGAUAAUACGACUUGGCGAUGGAAUUCUGAAAGAGUCAAAAAGUGUAAAACAGGUCGAGUAAAUCUAAACGUACCUAGAGAGGUCCUUGAUAAAUUAGUAUUUAAAUAUUUGAUAUCUCGUGCAGUGAUUCUGGAUUACUGUAAAAUGGAUGAGAGAAUGUGGAAUGCGACGCAAGGAGUGAUGAUUAUGGAGCUAAAGAAAGAUGCUAAUGAGAGUUUCCCAUGUUUAGCAGAUAAUUCAACAGAUGGUGUUUACACGAAAGGAAAAGAACUUGAUGUUUAUUCAUUGUAUGGAAAAUACAAAAAAAACAUGAACCAUAGAAAACUGAAGUUAACAGGUGACCAUACGAAGUUUCUCAUAUUCAAUCGAUAUCAUGAAGAUGGACAGCGUGGUGGUCAGAUUAUGGACAAUGUCAAUGGAAGAUGGACGUUGGUUGGUCUUGGUGCAGGAGGAACGUCUGAAAAAUCGGUUGCCUUUCGGAUAAGUGCUCUCCAGGAAAGUUUGUGUGAGGAAACUGGAACCACGGAGCUCAUACCCAAAGAACUUUCGACGACGUCUUCUAAGACUCCAGAAGCCCCGUCUCCUCCUCCGACACCUCCUCUAGAGCCAUCUACAGAAGCCCCGCCCCCUCCUGCUUCACCAGCUAGAAGAGGGGAAGACGAGGAGGCGGAUGAAGACUAUGAGAUGUAUUUAAAGAGAAAGAAGGAGAAGGAAGAGGCGGAGAUGUAUGAGAAUGAGGAUACGGAUAUAUUGAUUAGUAAGGAUUUUUUUGAUGAUGGAACAAGACCACAAUUAUGGAUUACACUUUUUAUAAUUGCAUUUUUGGUUUUUUUAUAA